AUGUAUCCCCCGCCGGGAAUAAUGGGAGGAGAUUUUCGUCAUUUCUCCUCCCACGUUUCCCUCUUCCUCCUCCUCCUCUUUGUUUCCCUCUUCGCCGUCCAAUCCACUUCCUCUUUUACUCCGGCCGAUAAUUACCUCAUCGAUUGCGGCUCCUCCGGCGAAACAAAACUCCCCGACGGCCGGAAUUUCAAAUCCGAUCAACAAUCCGUCUCUUUCCUCCAAACCGAAGAAGACAUCAAAACCUCCGUCGACUCGAUCCCGGUCUCCGACUCCAAUCCCCUCCGCUUAUACCUAUCCGCCCGAAUCUUCACCGGGAAAUCAACUUACUCCUUCUACAUUUCCCGACCCGGCCGCCACUGGAUCCGCCUCCAUUUCUACCCUCUCCCUCAUCCUCUGUACAAUCUCACCGAUUCCGUCUUCUCCGUCACCACCGACACCACCGUCCUCUUACACGAUUUCUCAGCCAGAGAUUCUUCCUCGAUCGUCUUCAACGAAUAUCUAGUCUACGCCUCCGAGAAGCUCUCUCUCUAUUUCAAACCACACAAAGGCUCAAUCGCUUUCAUCAACGCCGUCGAAAUCGUCUCCGUUCCUGACGAGCUCCUCCCCGAUUCCGCUUCCUCUGUCCCUCAAGCUCCUGAUUUCAAGGGAUUAGGCGGCUUCUCUCUUCAAAUCUCUCACCGGUUGAACAUCGGAGGCGAUUUGAUUUCACCUAAAAUCGAUCCUCUCUCUCGCACUUGGCUCUCCGAUAAACCUUACAAUUCGUUCCCGGAAGGUUCUCGAAAUGUGACCGUCGAUCCCAAAACGAUUACUUAUCCAGAAGGCGGAGCCACGACGCUGAUCGCUCCUCACCCGGUUUACUCGACGGCGGCGGAAAUGGCGGAUGCACAAACCAGCGAACCUAAUUUCAACCUCUCAUGGAGAAUGAGCGUUGACCCUGGUCAUGAUUACUUCAUCAGGCUUCAUUUCUGCGACAUUGUUAGCAAAUCGCUUAACAAUCUUGUCUUCAACGUUUUCAUCAACAAGCUCACUGCAAUCUCCGGACUCGACCUCUCUGCCAAAACCAACGCUCUAGGCACUGCUUACUACACGGACUUCGUGCUCAACGCCUCCGCGAUCACCAACGGCUCGAUCUUGGUUCAGGUCGGUCCGACCCCGAAUCUUCAAUCGGGUAAACCGAAUGCGAUUCUCAACGGUUUAGAGAUCAUGAAGCUGAACAAUGCAGCCGGGAGUUUAGAUGGGCUCUUCAGUGUCGACGGGAAAUACAAAGGGCCUAUUGGUGGGAUGUCGUCUAAGAAGCUUGCUAUUGCCGGUAUCGGAUUCCUCAUGGGCCUAACCGCUCUCUUCGGGGUUGUCGUGUUGCUUGUUAGAUGGCAGAGACGCCCUAAAGACUGGCAAAAACAGAACAGUUUCUCGUCGUGGCUGCUUCCUUUGCACGCAAGUCACUCGAGUUACAUCUCUAGCAAAGGCGGGUCAUCGAGAUCGAGACGGAUGAGCAUUUUCGGGUCGAAGAAAAGCAAGAGCAACGGUUUCUCUAGCUUUUUCUCGAACCAGGGAUUGGGCCGGUAUUUCCCUUUCACCGAACUGCAGACCGCGACGCAGAACUUCGACGAGAAGUCAGUGAUCGGUGUUGGAGGAUUCGGGAAAGUGUAUAUUGGAGAAAUCGACGUGAUAAACCCACAGUUACCUAGAGAACAAGUUAACUUAGCAGAGUAUGCUAUGAAUUUGCAUAGAAAAGGCAAUUUGGAUAAAAUCAUUGACCCGAAAAUCGUGGGAACCAUCAGUAAAGGAUCGUUGAGGAAAUUCGUGGAGGCUGCGGAGAAAUGUUUGGCCGAGUACGGUGUCGAUAGGCCUGGCAUGGGAGAUGUGUUGUGGAAUCUUGAGUAUGCUUUGCAGCUUCAAGAAGCGUCGGCUCAAGUUGAUUUGUCUGAAGAUAAGACCACAAUGAAUAUUCAGCUGGAAUUUUCCGGCGAGGAGAUGCAGACUCCUCCGCCUUGGCUUUCAGAAAGAUGUAGGUAUUCAAGAGAGCCUUUGAUAGGAAGUAACCAAGCAACGAACGAAGGCUCUCGGCUCGUGUGCCGAUGUUUUGAAGAAAUGGUGGAAAAUGAAGACAUUUACUGCGAAGAACAUAUGAUGAGAAACUUGGAUCUGAGGAAGGAGGUGGAAUUGUCAAUGGUUUUCAUUAGAGAAUCGACAGAUUUCGCCAACGAGGGUCUCACUGUCUUCCCGCCGAUCAACCACGAGAAUCUCUUCGUCGAUGGAUUCGAUAGAGACCGAGAGUCCCCGUCGCAAUCCUCAUCUUCUUCGAGACUCUCGGAUUCGUCUUCUUCUUCUUCGUCGUUGUCCCCGUCCGAUUCAGACGGACAGUUUCAGUUUGACUGGAAAUCGCAGUGUGAGCCGUUAGAAACCGACGGAAAAUCUCGGUGGACAUCUUUGAAUUACUACUCCACACUUGAGACUAGUAUCAUCCAAGGUUGGUGGAAGCUUCUUCUAGCGCGAGGAGCGUUAAAGUUCCAGAAUUUGGUGAGCUGCUUCUUCUCCAGAAGCAGUCUCUGUUCCUUAUCAAGAACUAUCCGGUCAUUUUACCCGGUCAUAGUUAUCGUGAUUUGGUGGUGGCUGCGUAACCGAAAUCGCCGGCGAUUUCGAGGAGGAGAAACCGAAGCUCAUCUUAGAGACACUAUCAAAGAGAGGGACGAGAGAAUUGCUCAGCUUUUGCAUCAGAUUGCUCAGAUGAACGAUCUCUCAAAACUAGAGGAAGAACCAGAAACUUUCAGUAAUAAGAAUCAACGAUACAAACGGCACACAGCAGUUGAAAAUUGCUUGAGAUUGUUCUCCUUAGCUUUGUUCUUCUUAGCAUGGAUCUUCAAGCUGAGUGCACGACGAUCCACAACUGGAGCUUCUUCUUCCUUCUUCAUCGGUUUGAAAACCUCUGUGACAGAAGGAUCAAGCAAAUCAACAGAGCAACUAAGCAUCAUAAACCGGACCAUAACCACCCACAGAGCUUCUCUUCAUCUUCUCAAACAACUGAAGCGCAAAAUUCACCCGCUUGACACCACAAAGAACUCCAAUCAGAUCAUAAUAGAAUUUGCGUUCGGGUCUCAGUCCUCUCUCGAUCAUCUCAUCCACCGUUUGGUUGCCUUUACCAAACCUUCCUGUCAAAUACAGAACCCUCACAACGAAGUAAUAGCUCGCCGUAUCUGGAUCACAUCCCGAUCUCUUCAUCUGUUCCAGAAUCUGGCAAGACUCUCUCACCCUCCUCGUCCUUCCCAGACAAGAAAGCAAUAUGUUGUAACUGAUGGAAACCUCAUCUCCAACAUAAUGUUCAAAGCUUCAGGAACUAGCCCAGACGGGUUUCGAUCAACGUUUCUCUCGCAGAGGCAGAGCGCGCUUAUAAUAGCUGUCACGGUGAAACUAUCUUGUGGGCAAGAAAACUUGUCCAAGAUCUUGAAGAUACCUAUUGCAUCGUCUUCCCUACCAAUCUUAACCAGAGUUUCAGCAACAAGGCUAAACGUUUGCUUCUCCAUGGCCCGAUUCUCCUUCCUGAGAUCUGACAAGACCAAAACUCUUAGGACAUGGUUGAAUUCCUUGUCCUCUAAACUAGAUCCCACGCUUUUACAAGACCAGGUGAAAAAUCUCAACAGCCUUCUCGGCGAAGUCUCAUUCUUACAGGACUCAAUCACUUGGGUAACGAGGUUGGAUGAUGGAGAAACCGAAACCUGGUUCAAGUUUUCCUCAAGGUCAUCCAGACCACCAAUGGGGGAAGAAACGAUCCGAAUGACUUCCUGCAACUCCAUCGAUGCAUGGUCUGAUCGAUCUAUCAAGUGA